CUCUUUCUCCCUCUCGCCCUCUCUCCCUCUUCUCAUUCUAUUCUCUCGAACAGAGCUUCCGCUUCUCUCUCUCUCUCUCUCUCUCUCUCUCUCUCUCAAAGAUUACGAAUCGUCACUUCGAGUGACCGAAGCAAAUCCGAAGCUUAUUAAGAUUCGAUCUCUGGUUUGCAAUGCCAGAGAUCGAAGAGAUGACCACAGGCAAUUCAGAGCCGGAGAUCUUUGAAUUAUCACCGGAGAAUGCUUUAUUUGGCAAAUAUGAGCUCGGAAGGCUUCUCGGCUGUGGAGCUUUCGCUAAGGUCUACCAUGCCAGGAACAUUCGAACAGGACAAAGCGUCGCCAUUAAAGCUCUCAGUAAACAGAAGAUUCUUAAAGGAGGUCUUGUUCCUCAGAUCAAGCGAGAAAUCUCGAUCAUGCAUCGGUUGUGCCAUCCUCACAUCGUGAAGCUCUUCGAGGUUCUCGCUACCAAAACUAAGAUCUUUUUCGUUAUGGAGUUCAUCAAGGGAGGUGAGCUCUUCGCUAAGGUCGCUAAAGGUCGUCUCAACGAAGAUCUCAACCGUAGGUAUUUCCAACAAUUGAUCUUCGCCGUUGGUUACUGUCAUUCUCACGGCGUCUUCCAUAGAGAUCUGAAACCAGAGAACGUUCUCAUCGAUGAAUCCGGCGAUCUCAAAGUUACAGAUUUCGGUCUCAGCGCGAUAACCGAACAGAUCCGAGACGAUGGUAUGUUACAUACUCUGUGCGGGACCCCUGCUUAUGUGGCACCGGAGAUUCUAGCGAAGAAAGGUUACGAUGGUGCUAAGGUUGAUAUCUGGUCAUGUGGGAUCAUCCUCUACGUCUUGAAUGCUGGGUUUCUUCCCUUUAACGAUCCAAAUCUCAUGACAAUGUACAAGAAGAUUUACAGAGGAGUGUUUCGGUGUCCGAAAUGGUUCUCGCCGGAGCUCCGGCGAUUGUUGUCACGUCUCCUUGAUACGAACCCUGAUACUCGAAUCACUGUCAACGAGAUUCUCCAUGAUCAAUGGUUCAAGAAGGGAGGGUUUAAAGAGGUGAAAUUCCACAACGACGAAGACGAUUUCAUGAAAAAAGAGGAACAGAGCUGUAAUUCCUUGAACGCCUUCGAUCUAAUCUCCUUCUCAUCUGGUUUCGAUUUGUCUGGAUUGUUUAACAGUUCCGAUGAAUUGGUCAAUGGGGAGAGAUUCGUAUCGGCCGAAUCACCGGAGAGAAUAAUUGAGAAGGUUGAGGAGGUUGGGAAGCGAGAAGGUAUAUCUGUGCGAGGGAAGAAAGUCUGGAUGAUUGAGAUGGAGGGGCAAAACGGUAAUUUCAAAGUCAGAAUGGAGGUGUACCGGUUGACCGAGAAUCUGGUGGUGGUGGAGGUCAAGAAUGGUGGUGAUGUACGGUCCGGCAAAAGGCUUUGGAGUACGAAGAUUCGACCGGAGCUGAGCAGCCUGGUUUACCAACCAGAAACCACCCAGGUUUCCGGCGACUGUGUCGCUACUUAACAAUCCGCCGGUGAUCUACCAGAACACCCAUCGGGUCCCGGGCGAGACUGUUAAGACUGAUUCUGCUUUUUAUCGUAACUUUUAAUAUCUGUGAACAUUCUGCCACCAACCGGAACCUCUACAGGACUUUUGGUUUCAUCAUUGGAGAUCAUUUUGGGAGUUGCAGAUUUGCACUAUUUGUCUCUGACUACAUAGAACAAAUGUGAAGCCAUGGUUAUCUGGUCGGCUUUACUUGAGACUAUAUCUGGAGGAUAUGAUGAUAAUUAAUGAUAACCUGAUUGUUGAAUCGAAUAGCAAUGAUCAUGUGAUAACAUAUCUUCAAAGGCACUCUAAAAAAUCCCUUUUAGAGAUUAGAUCUAUCUGAAAGACAUCAUGCCCUUAUAUUCUUACUUUUCCUUCUUUCUUGUAAUUUUUAAUUUGUUGUAAUGGAGAUUAACAACAUAGCUGACUACUGGCUGGAAAGAUAUAUACUGUUGUAAUGUGUACAAUUCCGAUCUAUAGUGAUAGGAGAGCCAUGUAUCCUAAUCCUAUCAUAGCUUUUCAAGUUGAUAUAAAUAAAAUCUUCUUCUGCCAUUUUUUUUU